GGAAUCCAAAUUCUAAUUCAAUAUAAUUUUUUCCUUUCAACACUCUUGACUUCAAAAAGAUCGCUUACUUCAGGAGUACCCCUCUCGCGCGUACGUAAUACAAACGUACCCUCGAUCGCGGACAUCCACCGUUAUAAUUUGAGAGCAUUUUGGUAAUUUAAGUAACACCUAGAAACACACAAAGGCUGGCUGUGUUUACCAAAAUACCCUUUAAUCUGUAAUUUCGCGAGUAGGCGUGUGGUAGCGAAUGAAAGCUCACAUAGCGUAUGUGUAACGCUCUUGCUCUCUUUUUAAACUCGAUUGUCUCUCCGGCCGACGCUGUGUGUUGCAGAGAAAACCCUAAUCGGUGACGCCCGUUGCCAGCUAGAGCAAACGCUAGAGGUCAGGAAGGAAGGAAGAAGAUGUCUGCAACUGGAGGCGGUGGCGGUGGGCAGGAGGAGGACAGGAAGCCCGUUGAUCAGUCUGCUCACAUUAACCUCAAGGUCAAGGGCCAGGAUGGUAAUGAGGUGUUCUUUAGGAUCAAAAGAACCACCCAGCUGCGGAAGCUCAUGACAGCCUACUGUGACCGACAAUCAGUGGACUUCAACUCUAUUGCUUUCUUAUUUGAUGGGCGUAGACUGAGGGCAGAACAGAGUCCAGAUGAGCUUGAAAUGGAGGAUGGAGAUGAAAUUGAUGCGAUGCUGCACCAAACUGGAGGUGGGCAAGGCAGUACUUGAGGCAGAAAUGGGACUUAAAUGGCCGUGGGAGUUUGCUGCAAAUGAUCUCAGUGUCAUCUAUGGAGAUAUAUGUUCAUGUAAAGAAAAAUAGGAUAUGUUUUAUGACUGAACAAGUUUGCACCUAAAGUAGUGGAGGCUUUUGUCUGUUGGGUCUUAGUAGGCCUCAAUAUGCCGACACCUAUCUUUAAUUACCAUAAUUUGUUUCAGGUUCUGACUAAAUGUUCUUGGGAGACCUCAUAUUAAUCCGCUCUUUUUUUAUUUUUUAUUUA